CUUCCGAGAGGCAGGAAAAAAAAAAGGGGGAAGGGCGAAGUCGGGAAAAACAUCCCCUCCCUCUUCGCCUUCCUGUCCUCUCGAGAGGGGAUCUAAUUGGAUCUCAUGGCCGCGAGAGAAAUCGGCAGCGGUGGCACCGCUCCACCCUAAACACUUCGCAAGAUCUCUGCUCUAUCUGCCCUUCCCUCCUAAAUUCUCUACCGUGAUCAAGAUAUCUGAAUUCGGAGUGCCGGAGCCUCAGAUCCACAUCCAAGGACGCCAACUUGGGGGUUUUUUCUUCUGUUCCGGGUCCCUGCUCGGGAUCUAGUUGUUGCUUCUGGCAGCUCGACGUGAAGGUUAGCAGUACUCUUUAUAAAGCUUCUUAGGCAACAAGACGUCUUGUUCCUCAAAACCCUGUCUUACGAAUUCUCAAGCCAUGUUCUUGCUUUAGGUUCUCACCACCCGAAUACUGCAACCAUGUGGAAGCAGUUCAUCAGUAAACUGCCCCGUAAAUCUUCCAAAUAUGACACUGCCUCGAAUUCCCCACCGAGCAAUCCCGGCAACAAUGCUGCUGCCUGUGGGAAUCCAAUCGAACGGACUGCUAGUGGGAACGGCCUCCCUGAUGGAGCGGCUUCUAUGAAACGAUUGGCUUCUGCAGAGUUCCCAUCAAGUGUGGUUGUUGGUAUUGAGCCUCUAAUUUCAUUUAAAGAUGUUCCAAACUUUGAGAAGCAGAAUGUUUUCCUCAGCAAGUUGAACCUUUGCUGCAUUAUUUUUGACUUCUCUGAUCCAAACAAGGACUCUGUGGGGAAAGACUUGAAGCGCCAGACCUUAAUAGAGCUUGUCGACUAUGUGAGCACCGAUGCUCCUCGGUUCACCGAUCAGAUGAUUGCUGCAAGCUGUAGAAUGUUUGCAAUUAAUUUGUUCAGAGUUUUCCCUCCAAGUCACCGGGCUAACUCGUCAAUUGGCGAGGCAGAAGAAGAACUGGUGUUUGAUCCAGCAUGGUCUCAUUUGCAGAUUGUCUAUGAUUUGCUGCUUAAAGUUAUUACGUCAUCCUCCCUUGAUGCAAAGAUUGGGAAGAAAUAUGUAGAUCAAUCAUUCAUCCGGGGUUUGCUCAACCUUUUUGAUUCCGAGGAUCCAAGAGAAAGGGAGUGCUUGAAAACAAUCUUGCACAGGAUCUAUGGGAAGUUCAUGGUUCAGCGGCCCUUCAUCCGCAAAUCAGUGAGCAAUAUCUUUUACCGGUUUGUAUUUGAAACAGAGCGGCAUAAUGGGAUUGCUGAGUUGCUGGAGGUUUUUGGGAGUGUGAUUAGUGGGUUUGCGUUGCCACUGAAGGAGGAACACAAGAUCUUUUUAUGCAGGGUUCUGAUUCCUCUGCAUAAACCAAAAAAAGUAGGGGUUUAUAUUCAGCAGCUGACAUACUGCAUUAAUCAGUUUGUAGAGAAAGAGCCAAAGUUGGCAAGCUCCGUGAUCAGGGGUUUGCUGAAAUACUGGCCUGUGACGAACAGUCAGAAGGAAGUGAUGUUCUUGGGUGAGUUGGAAGAGGUCCUAGAAGCGACGAAUAUGGUGGAAUUUCAGAAAUGCAUGGUUCCGCUGUUCCGGCGGAUUGGGUGUUGCCUCAAUAGCUCUCAUUUCCAGGUUGCCGAGCGGGCCCUGUUCUUGUGGAACAAUGAUCACUUGAUGAAUCUGAUUGCACAGAAUCGGCAAGUAAUUCUGCCCCUUAUUUACCCAGCUUUAGAAAGGAAUGCCCGGUGUCACUGGAGCCAGUCUGUUCUGAAUGUAACAAUGAACAUAAGGAAGAUGUUCUCUGAUAUGGAUGGGGAUCUGUUUUUGGCUUGCCAAAGGAAGUUCCAAGAGGAGGAAGACAAGCGUGGGGUGAUGGAGGAGAGGCGAAGGCUGAUCUGGGAGCGUCUUGAAACUGCUGCUACAUUCCAACCGGUUACCAGAAACACAGCUGUCCUGGUAACACCUGUUAGGGUUCCUCUUGUAGCUGCUACCCUCACAUAAUUGGGAUUUAUCUCCACCUCGUUACCUCUAGUUUGCUUGGUGAGAGACGUGGAAACCGCCAACCCCACAUAGCUGGGGUUUAUCUCCGCCUCAAUACCACUAUUUUGGUUGGUAAGAGAUGUGGUUUGCUCCACCAGCAUGUUAUUGAACGCAUCUGAAUGCCUUGUUAAGCUUCCUGUAUUGAAUUGCUGCUGUUGUUAGGCCAGGGAAGCUGUGUUUUCUCAAAGUAUUUUUCACAGCCAUUAUCUGUACCACAUUUGUAUUAUUCUGCGAGAAUAUAUUACAAGUGGCAAACUUGUUUCUUGCCCCUCUUGAAGAUGAGGUUGAUUGACAGAAUCUGGUACGGGGCUGAUGUAUUGUUGGUUAUUCUUACUACCAUUUUUGUGCUUAGUGCGAUCAGUUGCUGGAGUGAGCUUGUCAAAUGAUCUCAUCCAGUUUCUCCUUGCUGGUGGGCAUCACUGCAAGAAAGCAGGGGCACAUUAUUAUUUUUGUGCACUAAGGAAAAAGCCUGGCCAAAAUCCCGUUGAGAGCAGGGAUUGAACUCAACUCAUUGGUAUCCUACUAUUAGUAAGUUCAUCAACUCAGCUGGUUGGCACCUGCAGGGAUACAGAUUCAUGUAGUUUAUUACGGCCAUAAUUCAACCCUGUAGACCGUAAACAAUUUUCAGUUAUGGAUGCUAUCAUACCAACAUGACCUUGAGUAUACCUUGUUUUUUGAAAUAAAAGGAAAAAAAACCCAUGAAUGCA